CUCCCCCUCGACUUUCCCCCCAUCCCACCGCGCCCACCCCGCGUCAUCUCCCCCUUUCCCCUCCCAUCUCCCCACCGCGGCGCGGCGCGGCAAUCUCCUCCUCAGCAGUCUGGGCUGCGAGCUCCGGGUGCUGUGGCCUGGCCCUGGCGGGGCGGCCUGCGGCUCUGGCUGGCUGCGAGGCUCCCGCUGCCGCGUCCCCGCCCGCCUCCUCUCGAGCUCUGAUCUCAGCUGACAGUGCCCUCAGGAAGGAACCAGACUCGCAGGACAAAAUUAGAAGAGCAAAAUGGAAACUAUGCUACUUUGGUUGUUAUUUUUCACCCCUGGGUGGACCCUCAUUGCUGGAUCUGAAAUGGAACAGGAUUUCAUGUGGCACUUGAGAAGGGUACCCCGGAUUGUCAGUGAGAGGACUUUCCACCUCACCAGCCCCGCAUUUCAGGCAGAUGCUAAGAUGAUGGUAAAUACAGUGUGUGGCAUCGAAUGCCAGAAAGAACUCCCAACUCCCAGCCUUUCUGAAUUGGAGAAUUACCUUUCCUAUGAGACUGUCUUUGAGAAUGGCACCCGAACCUUAACCAGGGUGAAAGUUCAAGAUUUGGUCCUUGACCAAAUAUCACCGACUCAAAAUAUCACCACAAAGGGGGCAUCUGUUAGGAGAAAGAGACAGGUGUAUGGCACCGACAGCAGGUUCAGCAUCUUGGACAAAAGGUUCUUAACCAAUUUCCCUUUCAGCACAGCCGUGAAGCUGUCCACUGGCUGUAGUGGCAUUCUCAUUUCCCCUCAGCAUGUUCUGACUGCUGCCCACUGUGUUCAUGAUGGAAGGGACUAUGUCAAAGGGAGUAAAAAGCUUAGGGUAGGGUUGUUGAAGAUGAGGAAUAAAGGUGGAGGCAAGAAAAGUCGGGGUUCUAAGAGGAGCAGGAGAGAAGCUAGUGGUGGUGACCGAAGAGAGGGUACCAGAGGGCAUCUGCAGAAGAGAGCCAAGGGUGGGAGACGAAGAAAACAGUCUGGCCGGGGUCAGAGGAUUUCCGAAGGGAGACCUUCCUUCCAGUGGACCCGGGUCAAGAAUACCCACAUUCCAAAAGGCUGGGCACGAGGCGGCUCAGAAGAUGCUGCCUUGGACUAUGACUAUGCUCUUCUGGAGCUGAAGCGAGCUCACAAAAAGAAAUACAUGGAACUCGGAAUCAGCCCAGCCAUCAAGAAAAUGCCUGGUGGAAUGAUCCACUUCUCAGGAUUUGAUAACGAUAGGGCCGAUCAGUUGGUCUAUCGGUUUUGCAGUGUGUCCGACGAAUCCAGUGAUCUCCUCUACCAAUACUGCGAUGCUGAGUCGGGCUCUACCGGUUCUGGGGUUUAUCUGCGUCUGAAAGAUCCAGACAAAAAGAAUUGGAAGCGCAAAAUCAUUGCCGUCUACUCAGGCCACCAGUGGGUUGAUGUCCACGGGGUUCAGAAGGACUACAACGUUGCUGUUCGCAUCACUCCUCUCAAAUAUGCCCAGAUUUGCCUCUGGAUUCAUGGGAACGACGCCAAUUGUGCUUACGGCUAACAGAGACCUGAAACAGGGCGAUGUAUCGUCUAAAUUACAGAGAAAACCAGCUCUGAUUAUUGUAGCGAGAGCACUUCAUAGGUUAUGCCUGGACUUGAACCCUAUCAAUAGCAUUUCAACAUUUUUCAAAAUCAGGAGAUUUUCAUCCAUUUAAAAAAAUGUAUACAUACAGAUGGCUGGACGCAGUGGCUCACGCCUGUAAUCCCUGCACUUUGGGAGGCCGAAGUGGGCGGAUCAUGAGGUCAGAAGUUCAAGACCAACCUGGCCAACAUAGUGAAACCCCAUCUCUACUAAAAAUACAGAAAUUAGCCGCCGUGAUGGCGGGUGCCUGUAGUCCCAGCUACUUGGGAGGCUGAGGCAGGAAAAUUUUGUUGCCUUCUUAAAAAUUAGAUGCACUUUAAAACCUCAAGCUGGUACUAUAAAUAACAUGCAAUUUCCUAAUGGACUUAUGCUCAGGGUCCUACUCUAAGCAGAAUCUAAUAGGAUGCUGGUUGUGUAGUAAAUGUGAAAUUGCAUAGAUAAAGGUAGAUACUAACACAGUAUCAGGACAGAGACAAAAAUUUACAACACAAUUUGUACUACUCUGAGAUGGAUCCAUUCAGCUCAUGCCCUCAGUGUUUAUAUUGUGUUAUCUGUUGGGUCUAAGACAUUUAGUUUAGUUUCUUUUUUUUUUUGAAGAAUUACAAAUCAGAAGAAAAAGCAAGCAUUAUAAAAAAAACUAUUAACUGUUUUACUGCUUUAAAAAUAACAAUUACAAUGUGUAUUGUUUAAAAGUGGAAGAAAUAGUUUGUUCUAUGAAAUAAAUCUAGUUUAGAAAUAGCGAAGCUGAGACAUCUUAAGAUCUCAGGUUUUUAUUUAACUAAUCCUCAAAAUAUAGACUUUUCAUGUAUGCAUAGGGAAGACUUUUCACAAAUUAUGAAUGAUCAUGUGUUGAAAGCCACAUCAUUUAUGCUAUACCAUCUAUGUAUGAAGUGCUACAUUUUUAGGACAAAUAAUUCUGUAAUCUUUUCAAAGAGAACUUUUUUCUUCCUGACAAAAUCCAGCUUUUGUAUAAGGACUAUAGGGUAUAUUCUCUGAUUAGUAAUUUUAGAUAUGUUCUUUCCUAAAAAUGAAUAAAAUUUAUGACUAUGACUUUUAAAAGAAGAUUCUGCAACACUCCUUCUGGCCAUCAUGUAGUGUAAGCAGAGUCCAGUGACUGCCCUGGGGCAAAACACAGGAGAUGCUCAAUGUGUAUCUCUUGAACAAACAAAUAUUAGCUAAAAGGCUGUAAAAGGGAGGCAUUAUGUUCAAAGAGUUUUAGCGAUCUAUAAUCAAGUACACCAUAAAAUUCAACAAUUGUAGGCCUUAUUUCUGGUCUGGUCUAUUCUUUCUGACAGUUUCUAAGGCCACCUUCUCUUUUCUCACGACACACUCAAGUCAUUGAUUCUGCCAGGGUUUAAAUUUAUCUAUUUUUUAAUAAUGGGGAGUUAUACUCUUGGCUAGUAUGCCAAGAAAUUAUUGAUUAUAAUUAAUGAUUUUGUAAACUGUGUUCAAAACAGCAGAAAUUCAGUACAAGUGCAGAUUCUUUUAUGUGAAUCUCUUAAAAAUAAUUCCAUAAAAAUUAAAAAAAUAAAUUAGCUAUAACUCUUACUGUAUCUGUGUAUAUGCUUUUUAAUUUUUUAUUUAAUUAAAGUAGAGAUGGAGUCUUGCUACAUUGACCAGCCUAGUCUCAAACUCCUGGCCUCAAAUGAUCCUUCUGCUUUGGCAUUAAAGUGUUGGGAUUACAAAUUUGAGCCACCAUGCCCAGCCAUAUAUGUUUCGUAGGCAGGAUUUCAACAUGUAUUAACUACCAUUUUAUUUUUUUAAUGAUUUGAUAUAAUUCUAAGCACAUUUCACUGAGUAGGAUUUUAUUAUUGUUUCUAGUGGAAUAGGGUUAUUGACUCAAAAGUGUUGCUCAGUUUUUAGGGGGGAAAACAUCUAUGUGAUUGCAGAAACAAAAAUGUUCCAAGGUCAUUUUUGCAUAUUACACACUUGUAAACACACACACACACACACACACACAAUCUUUGUCUUUGAUUCUUUGAAUAUAACUCCUAGGAUUUGAGUAAGUUUAGAAUACCUUUGGGUGCUUAAUAAAAUAGUUUGGUACUUAAAGUUAAAUUCUGAGUAUAUAUUCAUUUUAUAUAUAAUUCUUAAAAUCAUUGUUCAAUAUACUUUUCAAAAAUAUAAAAUUCAGCUUAUUUAAUUUGUAGAGCUUUUUUCUUGUCUCUUUUUUAGAAAUGGUCUUGCUCUGUUGCCCCGGUGGCAUAAUUAAAGCUCACUGCAGUCUUGAACUUCUGAGCUCAAGAGAUUGGGGAUAACAGACAUGCACCAGUACACCUGGCUAGAGGUUUUUUGUUUUUUGUUUUUUUUGCCAUGUACUUUUCUUUUCCAAGUGAAUCAUGAAUCUUAUAUGACUUAUUUAGGAGCUUGUUUAGGAACACUAAAAUGAAUUGCAUUAACCAGAAAGUUUUGCUUCAUGUACUUUUUCUCUUAUGUUUAUCAGAUUUGAAAUUGAGAAUUAGACUGAACUCACUUAGCUAAACAAACAUACUUACAUGCUACAUGAUAUCUACUGUGUGCAAAGGACUGAACUGACUUGUUGUCUUGGGAAUCUUACCACUGGUGGAAUUCAAAUAACCAUUUUCAAAACAACAGAAAUUUAAAAUUGUGUCAUUCCUUCUUUAUCUAAAUAACAUAUUUUAUUUAUGCUUUUUCUUGUUCAAACAAAUGUGUGUGAGCAGAGGCAACUUAACAUAUUUUUCCUUUUUGGUAUGCUUCUUAGUUAAUCCAAUGUUUAUUUUGAAAAAUAUUUAAAUAAUAUUUGAUUGUCUUAGUCCAUUUGGGCUGCUAUAGCAAAAUACUUUAGACUGGGAACUCUUAAAUGAUAGAAAUUUAUUGUUCACAGUCUGGAGGCUGAAAAGUCCAAGAUGGAGGCAUCAGUAGAUUUAGUGUCUAAUGAAGGUCCAUGCCUCAUACAUGCACCUUCUUGUUGUAUCCUCAUGUGGUGGAAGGGGCACACAAACUUACUCAAGUCCCUUCUAUGGGAGAAUGAAUCCCAGUUAUGAGGCAGGAGCCCUUAUGGCCUAAGUACCUUCUACAUACCCUGCCUCUUAAUAAUGACACCUUUGGGGUUAGGUUUCAGCAUAUAAACUUUGGGGGGAUGUAAACAUUCAGACCAUAGCAAUGACCAAGAUCAGUAUUCUGGACACAUUUUUACCCUUCUUACUUGUAGAUUGAAUAAUUCUUUUAAAUUCUUAUUUCAUAGAAAGAAUCUCAGGAUGAGAAGAGACUAUAAGAAGAGUUUAUAAAAGAUCAUUGAGCCGGGCGCAGUGGCUCAUGCUUGUAAUCCCAGCACUUGGAAAGACAGAGGUGGGUGGAUCAACUGAGGUCAGGUGUUCAAGACCAGCCUGACCAACAUGGCAAAACCCUGUCUCUACUAAAAAUACAAAAUUAACCCAGUGUGGUGGUGCGCACUUGUAAUUCCAGCUACUUGGGAGGCUGAGGCCGGAGACUUGCUUGAACCCAGGAGGCAGAGGUUGCAGUGAGCUGAGAUCAGGCCACUCUUCAGUCUGGGCAACAAAGAGCAAAACUCCAUCUCAAAAAGAAAAGAAAAGAAAAGAAAAUUAUCUAGUUUAACCCUAUACUUUAAGUUUGAAUCCCUUUCUGUAGCAUUCUCUGCAAGUGGUUGUCCAGUGAUAAGAAAAUCUUUCACCCCUUAUGUUUAGUUAUUAAAAUUAAUUCAGAAACAUAACAUAUGUUAUUCAGUUUGCUACAUACUGUAAGAAUUAUAGUGUAUGUCUUGCAUUUUAUUCCAAUGUUGACCAUUUUAAUUACUCAUAAGUCUUUGCCCUUAUGUCAGUAAAUCAAGUAUUUACUCUCAUCAGACGUAAACUGUGAUUAUUAAUUAAGAAUAUUGGGAUAAGGCAAUUGAAGUAAGCACUGGACAUUACAGGAAUGUGGCUCUGUAGCUGUAAAUAACCUAUAAUUAGCAUCUAUAUUCUUUAAUGUGGUUUCCCAAUAACAAACAAUUUUGGCUACUGAUUUUUAAAAGUACCUGUCAGGCUUUAAAGAUGCUUUAACAAAACUACUUUUACUAAAAAUGAUCAACAGAAGAGUCUUUUUAAUAAAUGGAUUUUUGCAA